AUGUCAGCAGUGGCAGUGGACAACGUUGUCCAAAAUCCUCCGGAACAGCAGACAUCCGAAGGGCCUCCGUUGCAGUAUCGCGUGGCAGAGAAAUGUAGCCAAACGAAGGCGCGUGUUGGUGUGAUGAGCUUGCGGCACUCGGUGGUCCCCACGCCGGUGUUUAUGCCGGUCGGAACACAGGGCACUCUGAAAGGUGUGCUCCCGGAGCAACUGAUGUCCCUCGACUGCCAGAUUAUGCUGAGCAACACCUAUCACCUUGGAAUGCGCCCUGGAACCGAGGUGCUCGAGAAGGCGGGCGGCUUGCACCGGUUCAUGGGCUGGCGGCGGGCCCUGCUGACCGAUUCCGGUGGCUUUCAGAUGGUUUCGUUGCUGCAGCUGGCCGAAAUUACGGAGCAGGGCGUACGGUUCGAGAGUCCGUACGAUGGCAGCGAGUCCAUGCUAACGCCGGAACGUAGCAUGGAAAUUCAAAACGCCAUCGGAGCCGACAUCAUGAUGCAGCUGGACGAUGUGGUGAAAACGACCACAACCGGGCCACGCGUUGAGGAAGCGAUGCACCGUACGAUCCGCUGGCUGGAUCGUAGCAUAGAGGCGCACCGGCGCAACGAUGAGCAGAGCAUUUUCCCGAUCGUCCAGGGUGGCCUGAAUCCAGAUCUGCGACGCGUUUGUGCGGACGAGCUGACGAAACGGAACACGCGCGGGUUCGCCGUCGGUGGACUGAGCGGUGGUGAGAGUAAGGACGAGUUCUGGCGGACGGUCCACCUGUGCACCGAUUUGCUGCCGGAAGACAAACCACGCUAUCUGAUGGGGGUCGGAUUUGCGGAGGAUCUGGUAGUGUGUGUGGCGCUCGGGAUCGAUAUGUUCGAUUGUGUGUUUCCUACGCGAACGGCCCGGUUCGGGUGUGCCUUGACACGUGCCGGUCAGAUCAAUCUAAAGCAGCGCGCCUACGCGCAGGACCAGCGACCGAUCGACGAAGAGUGUGACUGCUCCACGUGCCGCAGCUACACCCGGGCCUAUCUGCAUCAUAUCGUGACCGUGGAACCCGUUGCGUGUAGUAUCGUAUCGGUCCAUAACGUGGCCUUUCAAUUGCGGCUGAUGCACGAUAUGCGGGAAGCCAUUAGCGCAGAUCGGUUCCCAGAGUUUGUACAGAAGUACGUUGCCGUACGAUUCCCUAACGACACCGUUCCCGAGUGGAUUCGGGAGGCACUAGCUGCCGUUAAUGUUACCGUUUGA